AUGGCACUCUCGAAUGGCGUGGGUCAGGUAGCCAGCAUCGUGCAGCUCGCUGGUGUGGAUGCGUACAGUCUGAUCUCAAUGAUCGUGGAGGCCGCACAGACGGUUAAAAGGAACCGGGAGACCUGCCAGCUGCUGGCACGGCGUACAAAGAUGAUCGGAGAUCUUCUGCAGCAGCUCCAGAGCACGCAGCUGAUGCAGCACAUAGAGACGAGGAUCCCUGUGGAGCAGCUGGAGGAGACGCUUCGGCACAUGUACCUGCUCAUCACGUCAUGUCGGGAGGGCAGCUACCUGCACAGCUGCUUUAUGGGAGGGAGGCAGGCUGAUCAACUCCGUGAGGUGCAGAACGAGAUCACCUUCUACCUUCAGCUCUUACCCCUUGUCAGCUUUGUUGACACCACCCGUACAUGGGAGCGAAUUCUGAACAGAGAUCGUCCUUUGUGUACAGAGGAAACUGAAGGCGGGAUACACACAGUUCAUUCGCAAUAUGACAGUAGCCUCACAACUAAGGACCUCAAGGCAUUUAUAUUUGAAGAUUCAGGUUCUCAUCCUGUCCUAAAAUCUAGGGGACAGCAAAAUCUAGACAAUUUAUCAGAAAGAAACUUGGUUGGAAUUGGUGGAUUUGGUCAUGUUUACAAGGGCAAACUGUUGAAUGGUCUUGACAAUUUAAAAGAAAAUAAAUCUUCAACUCAAGGUCCAGAGCAGUUCAGAACUGAUAUUGAAGGCAUUCCAAAUCUUCAUAAUGCUUUUACAUGGCAUCUGUCAUUGCUGGCAAGUUCUCAAAGUCUCUUUCAUUUUUUUUUGCUCAUUGUUAAGCAAUGGUACUUCUCAAUUUUAAUGUUUUGA